GCUGGGUCCAUUUCUUUCCGUCGUGGUCUCAACUUGCACGAGGUGCGAGGAGAGGAAGUGACGCAAGUGACGAAAGUGGAAAGCACGCGGAGUAUUCGCUGCGCCAUGGCUUGCACGGAGAGGAUCACAAGGAGUGAAGACUUGAAAGAAAACCACUUGGGCCAAAGAGCCAAGAGGGACCUCCGAAGUUUCCGCGUGCACCGCGAGUUGCUGCUGUCGCAGCUGCGUAGUGACUCAGAGGCUUCGGCCGAUUUCACCAUCGACCUGGGUGAGGACAGUUGCAGCGACUCCAGCGACAGAAGUUUGGAUCGUCGUAUCCAGGAGGAGGUCAUCGAUGAGUUGUGUUGGGCCUCUGUCGACGAGGCUCACUUUGAAACUGGCUUUGAGGAUGGUUGCUCACUGCAGGAGGCGCGCGCCUUCUGUCGCAUGUGCCUGCGGCAUGCGGACCGCCUGCGGCUGGCGCGAGCCCAGCGCUUGGGAGAAGAGAUCACCGAGGUGCAAAGUCCUUCGGCCUUGACCCGAAGAAUCAAAGACCAUGAGGAGGCCCGAAACUUCGCAUUGAUCUGCCUCAAGGCGAUUGAGGAAUACGAAGCUGAACGGCCCUGAGGAGAUUUGGGCACUGCACGGUCCCAGG